CAGGGGCGUGGUGCGUGAUGACGUCCGUGUUCACUGUAAGGUCGUCCGUGUCAGUGGUGAGGGUAUACGUGGCUACCUGCUGGCUAGUGUGUGUAGUGGGAGGAUUCGCACCUAGUAUCGACAUUCCGGACACCACCACUGAACCACCACCUACCACACCAGACCCUGCCACUCUACCAUACUUCCUCCACCACCUCAACUCCACCAACGUCACCAUCAGCAGGGGCAAAACUGCCACACUAGACUGCCAGGUCUUCAGACUCAGGGACAGGACGGUGUCGUGGGUUAGACGUCAAGGUGACACAAUACACCUGCUGACUGUCGGCUCCACCACCUACCACAGCAACGACAGGUACCAGCUGGAGUUUGUGGAGCCCAACAAUUGGCAGCUGGUGAUCCACGCAGCUGAGGAGACGGAUCAAGGCGCCUAUGAGUGCCAGGUAUCCUCACAUCCUCCCAAGAUUCGCCGGGUCUUCCUUGCUGUUUAUGUACCUCGCCUGGAGAUCUUCGACGGUAGGGGCGAGGCCAUCCUGGAGAAGUUCUACGAGGUGGGUUCUGGCAUAGACUUACGUUGUGACGCUUACCACGUGCCCAGGGACGCCAUCGUGUGGUCACGGGCCGGUGCCAAGGUCUACCACACUCCAGAUGCCGGUGUCAGGUUGGAAAAAGAUCUUGGGCGAACAGGACCCUUAUCUGUGGCUAAUAUCAAGGCAGCUGCCACCAGCGACUCGGGAAACUACAGCUGUAGUGCCCAGGAUGCACACACUGCCACCGUCCGUAUCCAGGUCCUUGACGGAGAGAGUUCUGCAGCGAUGCAACAUUCAACAAACACUUCGUGCGCCCCCACCACUAUCUUCAGCACCACUAUCCACACCCUAGCAGUCCUAGCAACACUGACAGCUGUCCUAGCCUCCUGGUGCUAGCUUACAGCUUUCUUAGCCACAGUGGCUAGGACAUUGAGCCUUGUGUACGUGUGUGUGUUGGGGGAUUUGUUGCGUGUAAGUUCAGAACUUUACGAUGCUAAGCAUCAUGGGAACCUGGGUUCUAGUUCAGGGUCUUCUGGGUUUUAAAAGGUCAAGGUGUAGGAUGUGGGAUUUUUAAGUUCAAGGUUAAAGGCUCCGGUGACUGGAUGGUGGGUACUGGAGCCUACGUGGGAACGACGCCUGUGAACGACACGUGUGAACGACACCUGUGAACUACACCUGGGAACGACACCUGGGUACGACACGUGGGAACGAUACCUAGGAACGACACCUGGGAACGACACCUGGGAACGACACCUGGGAACGACACCUGGGUACGACACGUGUGAGCGACACCUGUGAACUACACCUGGGAAAGACAC